AUGGAGAAGGGGAAAAGACAGAAGCCUAUCAACCUAAUCGAACUUCUACAUAAAUCUAACAACUUCAAUGGGGUGAGAGAAUUUGACAAUAAUCGAGUUCCAAGUUUACAUUCUCAUGAGCCUCCAAACAGCUGGUCUCUACCUGUGGUGACUCUUACAUGCAUCGCAAUUGCACUUCCCAACAUUUCAAAUGACAAUGCUAAUCAGUUAGUGAGGUGUGUCGGAGAAGGCCUUGCAUUGUUAAAACGUAUAGAGAAAAGCCUGGAUAAAAAUGGGGCUUUAUCAAUCAUCAGAAAUGCAGCAGACGUUGUAUGGGUAGGAGUUGAUUUAUAUUGCAAGUGGCAAGAUAAGGAUCUCCGCAAAGCAAGUCUUCGAGGCAGAACCUCCAAGGAAACAUUAGAACUGCUUUCCAAUGAAGCUGAAAGGACUGUUAAGCAGUUCAUUGGAGAAGUAAACGAUUUCCUAAUGGAUAACCCUCUGAAUUGGCCAGUGAAGAUUAUAGCUGCUAACUCAAUGCUAGAAAUUCUUCAAAAGCAAGUUAAAAAUCGAGACUUAUUGGAUUCAAAGACUUGUGGACUGAGAGAAAGCUCACUACCUUUACAAGUUCGACAUCGCAAGUGGAAAAAAUUUCUUCAUGCUAAAAGACGACUAGUUCUGAAUUGCUACCUUGGAGUACAGAUUCUACUGGUUUGGGCAGGCAAACUUGUUCUUCUCAUUUCUGCCUCGUUCUUCCACCACAUCAAGAAGUUGAAGAUAUUUGUUAUUGGUGCUUCAAAUAAUGGAGGAUUGGAAUCUGGUGGUGAUGCACUGUUGGAUCUUACUCGUUAUGUUCUUCUACUUCAAGGAGAGCCUGGAAUUCCCAAAGAGACCCUCAAAAACAUCUGGAAUGAGGUGGACAAGAUGAUGGAGAAAGGAAAAAGACAGAAGCCCAUCAUCCUAAUCGAACUUCUACAUAAAUGUAACAACUUCAAUGGGGUGAGAGACUUCGACAAUAUUCGAGUUCCAAGUUUACAUUCUCAGGAGCCUCCUAAUAGCUGGUCUCUACCUGUGGUGACUCUUACAUGCAUCGCAAUUGCACUUCCCAACAUUUCAAAUGACAAUGGCAAUCAGCUAGUGACGUGUGUCAGAGAAGGCCUUUCCUUCUUAAAACUUAUGGAGAAAAGCCUGGACAAAAAUGGGGCUUUAGCAAUCAUCAGAAAUGCAGCAGAUGUUGUAUGGGUAGGAGUUAAUGUAUAUUGCAAGUGGUAA